CGAGAUUAACAAAUUUUAAGCAGGGUGAAUAUCUACAUGACUACAUAACGUAAAAAUGACAACUUGCACUUUUAAAAUAAUUGGUGGCUAAUUAAUUAAUUUAUAUAUCAUAGCGUUCUGUAAAAAACAAAAAAGUUAAUAUAUAGUCCAUAGUAAUAUUUUCUUUUUUACAUAAUUAAUUUAAUAACCUUCUCUUUCUUAACCCGUACAGUCAUUAAAGAGUUUUCUGAAUGUCCGAAAACAUAUUUUACCACACAUGAAAAACGUAUAAAUCUUCCCUCCGCAAUGAAAACGCUCCAUCCUAGAUCAUCAUGUUCUUUAUUAAUUAUAUUGCUAAUGUCUAUUCAAAAGGUCUCCUCACAACAAUUGAAUAGAACUUAUUCUAUCGCACCUAAUUAUCCAAAUAAUGAUAGAACUGGUUUAUAUAUAUUAGCAAUACCAUGUAUAAUUUGUAAUCAAUUAAGUCUUGCUGGUAAAUUUGAGAAUCCAAAGUCUUCCUCUAAUUAAAGAAGUUACUGAUUGUUAUUUUAUUUUUAUUUAUUUACUUAUUUUUUGAAAUAAGGUUG